AUGUCUCACUCCGGUGCUGCCACUUACAAGAAAGUACAUGGGAUCAUCACGAUCGAUGAAGACGCUGCUCCUGCGCAAUUAACUUGGCGGUCCACCGACGGUGACAAAUCUCAUGUAAUUGUGCUCGAUACCAUUGAUAAACUUCAGGCCACACCUGGGACUAGCGAGAAGAUGAUGCUCCGGUUGAUGUCCAAGGUUGACGAGAAUAAAAACAAAAGGGUACCCAAUGGAGAGGAGGUUCCGAUAAAGCCUGUCACGCAUAUGUUUACAUUUAAUAACAGAGACGUCAUGGAUAAUAUCAAGCUGACUCUACAGCAGAUAAUAUCGCGUUACAAAGAUAUUGAGAUGGAUGAGGAAAGGAGAGAGAGAGAGGCAUCUGGCACUGCCGAGGAGCAACAGGAUCAGCAGCAGCAGCAGAAUUAUGGUGCACCGCUGAUUAACACGGCAAAACUUGACGACUCGUUAUCUAAAGGUAAAUUGAUGGUUAAUUUGAAACUACAACAGUCUCUCUUAAAGAAAAAUAAGGAUCUGAUGAAGACCUUUCAAGAGACUGUAAUGAACUCGGGUUUGCCCCCCGAUGUAUUUUGGUCGACUCGUAUCCCUCUACUUCGGGCAUUUGCAUUGUCAACCUCUCAAAAAGUUGGGCCCUAUAACGUGCUAUCCACUAUAAAACCAGUCGCAUCUUCGGAAAACAAAGUGAACGUGAAUCUGUCGAGACAAAAGAUUUACAGUAUUUUUGAAACCUAUCCCAUCGUUAAAAAAGCAUAUGACGAUAAUGUCCCUAAAAAUUUCAAGGAACAGGAAUUUUGGGCAAGGUUUUUCUCGUCAAAACUGUUCCGUAAGCUAAGAGGUGAAAAAUUGAUGCAAAAUCAUAGAGGUGACGUUAUCAUAGACAGGUAUCUGACGUUGGAUCAAGAAUACGAUAGAAAGGAAGAUGAAAUGCUGAGUCAUCCUGUGACCAAGUUCAUUGAUAUUCAAGGUAAUAAGGAAGAUGAUCCUGUCAAAAUGGGUAAUAGACCAGAUUUCACGAUGCAGCCGGGGAUGGAUGUCAACGGGAACAAUGAUGGUACAGUUGAUAUAUUAAAGGGUAUGAACAGGUUAAGUGAGAAGAUGAUUAUGGCGUUAGAAAACGAAUACUCACGAUCCAAUUUGCAGCGUGAAACUUUAGAUCAAGUGGAAAAAGAGAAUAUUGAAAUUAAUGACUUGGAGAAAGCCUAUGAAGCUCAAUAUGCUCUGAUUCACUUGAAAACAGCAAAGAGUGAAAAGAUGCAGAACAGUUUGGCUCCUGCUGACUCAAAUAGGCACGCUGACAUACAGGUAGGUCUCAUCCCUGCAGCAAUCAAAACACAUAUCACCUCUGUGAUUGACGAAUUAACAGCAAAAUUGGACCUAACAAAAGUGGUUUCUGAGAUCAAGGGGAACAGUGAAAUUAAUCAACGUGUCGUUGCAGCAGUCAAAAUUAAUGCAAAACAAGCAAAACACAACAAUAUCGAUCCUAUGUUGGGGUCCUUCAUUGGUUCGGCUGGUAGUGAAGAAGCCAAAACGGAUAUUCCGCAAGAUCUUCUCGAAAGUUGUCGAAUACUUCAUAGCACAUGUUGCGAGUUUUUGAAGCAUUUUUACAUCCACUUUCAAAGUGGGGAAUAUAAAAGAGGUCAGACUGUUAAUGAACUUUACACGCACUUGAAGGACUGUAACGCAAAGCUAAACGAACUAUUCGAAGACGUUCUUAGAGAGGAUGGUGAAUCUAUGGCCAAUUCAUGCACCGCGUACUUGAAGCCGACUAUGGAUUCUAUUUUAUUCGCUGUUAAAAAGUAUGAGGACGCAUUCGAAGCGGCAAACAGAGAAGUUGCCACCAAAGGCAUGGCUUCGACCGCAUGA